CAUGACAUGAAAAGCGGCUCUUCAUGCGCAGAAGUUGUUCGUUCGAUGCUUUUGGCUAGUUGUGAUGGUUCCAAAACUAAUCUGCCGGAUGUAAACGUUUUCCUUGAUUUCGAACACGCUGUGCCAUCAGAAUCGGAACUGCAGCUUUGUGACCUUGCGGAAAAGAUUUUGGAGCAAGCGAAUGUUUUGCUUGAAGAUGUAAAGCAUUAUUCCGCUGGUGCAUCAGCAGAAAUUCGUAUUGCCAUACAACAGCCCAACAAUAAGGGUGUACAGCGUCAAGCUCUAGAUAUCUUAGAUAAGUUGGUAAUGAGGAUAAGGGCAUAUUAUGAGUUAUCUCAACGUAUCGAACAGAUUAUACCAUUGCUUCUGUGGGAUCUUUGUUCCGUAACUGCCAUUCGCUUUGUUUAUGAUCUUAUGGUCCCGGCUAAUACCUAUCCUUAUGACCCUAUCGGAAACAAUCAGGUGUUUUCAGGACCUUUACCACCAGCUGAACAGUUGGAUUCGUUACAAGCAACCUGUCGACAGUUUGCUCGACUGAUCAAUUUUGUACUUUCCUUUGAUGCAGUUAAAAUGUGCACUCCAGCACUGCAGAACGAUUUUAGUUUCUAUCGUCGAGCUAUGUCUCGAGAGUGUGAUGAACAGUUUGCCAUACCCUUAGAACUGGCUAAUACCAUAUCCUUAUUUCUGGCCUGUCCAACUCCAAUGCUUUCUGCUUUCAUCACUGCAACUACUAAUUUCGUCGCGACUAAUGGCGAUUUGCCGAUUGCUAAUACUACAGAUACACUGGCAACUGUAGUACAGAUUUUUAAGGUUUGCCGAUUUAUGGUAGAAAAAGAAGAGAAUUGGGAGCGACUAUCGGAUCAAAAUUGUUCAUUCACAAUGAGAGUUAUGGUUGGAGCAAUAAUACUUUAUGAUCAUAUUGAUAAUGCUGGUGCUUUUUGUAAAGAAUCGCCCAUCGACAUUCGAUCGAUCGUAGAGCUAAUCAAAACACAAUCCAGAAACCAAGAGGCAGAAUCACUUUUAAGUGCCUUGCGUUAUACGACAAAGCAUCUUAAUGACGGCACCACACCGAAGUCUGUUCGUGCUCUGUUUCCUUGA